GAGUUCCUUCCGGAACGAGAGAUAAUCACCAGCGGAUCAUCGCAAUACACGAUACACGAGCAAUGUCGGAGAUACGCAGGAGAACGACGGCGGACGACGCGUCCGCGGCAUCGCGGGACGUCAGUGACGAUCAGAAAGAAGACGUUGAAUCUGAAGAUGAUGCAAAACUGGAGGUGGAAGAAUUGGUGAAGACUUUACCUCAAGGAACUGAUCAUACUCCACAUAUUUUAAGUUCUGCUCUCUCUGGUCUUCCAGAUCGCUGGCGAAACUGGAUAAUUCGAACUAUUUUCACUUGGUUUAUGAUAGCUGGAUUUUGUCUGAUUAUCUAUGGAGGUCCACUAGCGCUGAUGAUCACGACGCUGAUCGUACAAGUGAAAUGUUUCGCGGAGAUUAUUAAUAUUGGAUAUGCUGUAUAUAGAAUUCAUGGUCUACCAUGGUUCAGGUCUUUGUCUUGGUAUUUUUUGAUAACCUCCAACUAUUUCUUCUAUGGAGAAAAUUUGAUGGAUUAUUUUGCAGUGGUGAUUAAUCGAACGGGAUAUCUGCGCGUGCUUGUUACUUACCACCGGUUUAUCUCAUUUUGCCUUUACAUUGUUGGUUUCGUAUGGUUCGUACUUUCGCUCGUGAAAAAGUACUACAUGAAACAAUUCUCUCUAUUCGCUUGGACGCAUGUUGCGCUACUUAUCGUCGUGACCCAAAGCUAUCUUAUCAUCCAAAAUAUAUUCCAAGGACUAAUAUGGUUUAUCGUACCUGUUAGCAUGAUUGUGAUAAACGACGUGAUGGCGUACAUGUUUGGUUUCUUCUUCGGGCGAACGCCGUUGAUAAAAUUAUCUCCGAAAAAGACCUGGGAAGGUUUCAUUGGUGGUGGUAUCUCGACCGUCAUAUUUGGAUUACUGAUGUCGUACGUUAUGUGCCAGUACCGCUAUUUCAUCUGUCCUAUCGAAUAUAGUGAAACGUUAGGGAGGAUGACCAUGGAUUGCGAACCAUCGGCUCUGUUUCAACCGCAGGAGUACACGUUGCCAAGCAGUCUUCAAGUGGUAUCAAGGAUGUUCAAUGGGAAGUCUACUUUGACGUUGUAUCCAUUUCUCCUGCACUCGUUAUCGAUGUCGAUAUUCAGCUCCGUGAUUGGACCGUUCGGCGGUUUUUUCGCCAGUGGAUUUAAGCGGGCGUUCAAGAUUAAGGACUUCGGUGACAUAAUUCCUGGCCACGGUGGAAUAAUGGAUAGAUUUGAUUGUCAAUAUUUGAUGGCCACGUUCGUGAACGUCUAUAUUUCGUCAUUCAUUCAAAGUGCAUCGCCGCAAAAGCUACUACAACAGGUUUACAGUUUGAAACCGGAGGUACAGGUGCAAUUUUACUAUACGCUUAGGGACUCCCUAACAGACAGGGGUAUGCUAGAGAACAUAACGAGAACAUUUUAAUUUAAAUGUUAUUUAGUAGCGAAACUGCAGGGAUUACUUUUACCAAUUAGGAGGUGUUAGCAAAGAUUCUCCGUUGUCUUUCCUAACAGUUAAGAAAUUCUAUGCAGAUGACAAUGCAAUCAGUAUCAAAUAAUUAUAAUAAUUUGUUACAUCAUUACAAUGCGAAGUUUAUUUUGUAAUUGUAGACAGGUAAGCGUGAUAUGAUAGACCUGUCUAAUUGACAUCGGUAUAUGGCCAGAAGUGAGAGAGAUAUAUAUAAUAUUUCUUCCUUAUCUUUUUUUACAUUUAAGGUAAUGAAAGCGAUUUCGAUACCGAGAAGUGUAUUCUUAUAUUAGAAAGUCUUCUCCGUCAUGCUUUGCCCUUCAUGGAAUUUGUUGUCAUUAAAAGCUCGUUUGCACCGACACACAGACUGAGCAGAUAGAGUGAUGCACGGGUCACAAUUAGAAUAAGUUAAAAUUAUAUAUAAUGUAUACGCCCGCCUACUUCUGUGAUGAGCUCUGGCCUGAGGGUGAUCAUCAAUUGGACGGGUCUAUCAUGAUUUUUAGCAAUCUUUCCGUGCAUUCCACAAUACAUCGUGAAUUUUUUUAUUAAAUGCAGUAGUUUAUAUUAAAUUACAGCAUUGUUGGAGGUGUGACUGAUAUUUUUGUCUGGAACAACUGAACCAAAGAAAGUCACAUUUCGAAAAUCCUAUGUUAUACAUAGCUGAUUUUACGCAAAAGUGUCCGAUUCCUAAAAUGUAUAAUUUUCAUGUUACCAGAUACGACGGAUCACGAAACAAACAUUAUUUGGAUGUACACGAGGAUGUAUUAUUCUGUCCAAGAUAAGAUGUUUUUUUAUCUGAAACAAUCUGAUCUCUGUGCAGUUUAUAUUUGUAAUUGUGCAUUUACAAAACACGUGUUAAAAAAACGGAUCUCGUUUGUACAUACACAUAUACUGUUUGUUCUUUUACCUCGAAAAUUGUCAUAUAAAAAUGUUAACGAUUCUACGUACGAAUCACCUUUAUUUGUUGCUUGGGCGUAGUCUUUUUAAUUGAAACCAUAAUGUUUAUCGCUACGUACGAAAGAGAAUAAUAACCCGCUAACAUGAUUUGUAUGUUGCGUGUACGGUAUUAUUGUUAAUGUUGUUGGAUAAACGGUUCUACAUAGAAGUUUAGCAUUAUGCUUCCCCUCUCCUCCUGUACACGAUAUGGAUUGUAUUUACAUUUGUUUAAUAAUGAGAACGGAAUAAAAAUUAGUCGUAUUUAUUUCGUUUCACAUUGCGAUUCUUCAAUCUCACUAUCACGAGAACGUUGGCGGCAUGCGUGUACCUGAAACUCUCGAAUUAAAGUAAGAACACAUCUUGCCAUUUAUAAGACCGCAUUGCUCGGAACUUACAAGUCAUCAUCGUGUGAAAUUCAUAAAUUGUUUACUCAUCCGUAUCGCAGGUACUUACACCGUACACAUAAUGCUAAACUUCGAACCAUUGUGUUAUCGCGAUCUUCGAUGUAUGUAGCAUGUGGCAAGCAUAUAUAGCGAGGAAGAUUAUAUAAAGAUAAUUAUUUAGACAAAACCAAUCUCCAUUUGUUAAUCACCACUUCCCCAUCUCGUGCGAAGAAUAAACUAGGAGGAUAUUAAUGAAUGGAAACGGAUUUUGUCUACGUUCGUGUUAGCGUAGCGAACAAUUAAUUCCCCAUGAUGUAUCGUACAGUCGAUAGAAAUACGAAGUGCGACAGUAAUCUCACGUCUCUUUUGCCUUGUCGUACGGUCACACGAGAAAACGUUUUCGGACAUCCUUCGCGGAACGGUGAGAGGAAAUGCUUUUUAGUGAAGUAUCAUAAGCCAGAUGUAAGAUUGAAUGAUUUUACCGUGUUCCAAGCUCGUUUCAAUACUCUCUGUAAUUGUGCCAAUCAUGCUUAAUAUAAAUAUACAUACAUACAUACAUAUAUAUAUAUAUAUAUAUAUAUAUAUAUAUAUAUAUAUAUUCUUACACACAAAUCUCACGUCGAAUUGCACUCCGAAUUGAUGUGGCACAAUUAUACAAGAAUAGCUUUCUGUGAUUACAUUGAUAAGGACUACAUGUUUCAUGAUAGUGAAUUGUGCUCGGAUCGAAAUGUAACUCUCCGUCGUUUAGGAACCUUGACUUUGGAAUAGCGCAUACCGCUCACGUUAUAUCUAACGGCGACAAACGCGUAACUAUAUUUGCAUUUUUAUCUAUCUACUAUGUGAGUCACGUUUACCAUCUCACAUUGCGGCUACUCACGCUCAUUAAAUUAUAAUUUCUUUCCAUCACUUGCUAUUUCAAAGCGUAUUUUCUACAGAUCCGAGUGUGAGGAUAUACAAUUAUACAAUGAGAAUAUGUGUCUAAUUAAAAAAUUAAUCUGUAACGUUCUUUUUUUUAUUUUCAAACGUUCUAUUAGCGCAAACCUAUUAGACACUUAUUGUUAGAUGAUCAGAGAAAUAACAGAUGAAUGGAUCAAAUAUACGUAUAUAUAGUGUAUAUGUUUGUUUAAUAGGAAAUAUAAAAGAAGAGUAUAUAUACAUGUAUAGAUGGAAAUUACACACACGAAACGAUGUAUGAGAAAAUACAUGAAAUUCAAAGCUACUUAAGUUUUAAUAAUAUAUGAUGAUAUAUUUAUGUAGCAAUGAACAAAAUAAAUCCUGAAGAGAUUAAUAUUA